AUGGCAGCCGGCAUAAUCGUGCCGCUGAGGCGGCCCUCACGUAGUCUUCAGGAACAACAAGACCUUACCAGUGCCGUCAUAUCGCAAAGUGAAUCACAACUCACGAGUCUCCCUUUCGAGAUCCGGCUGCAAAUAUGGGAACACUUGUUCAGCUCUGACACCUAUGUCGGUACGAACGUCCUCUCGCUGGCCGCUCUGGCACGCGAUCCGCUUCUUUCGCCGCUCUUCGCUUGCAAGCAAAUGUUCAAAGAAAUCGGCGCAAUCAUACCAUCAUCCAUCUUCAUCGGCUUGCGUCGAACACCUUACACUGGGUACAGCUUCCCCAAAUUGCACGAGCUUGGUGCCUACACUUUACUCCUCCCAGAAGAUCUGAGAGGAAGCAGAAAGCUGUGCCUCAGCACCUACCCGUCGGCGGGCGUAGGACACUGCAACUCGACAGUGCCUGAUCUGUCGAGGUUCAUAUCUCAGUUCAAAGACCUCCGUGUGCUCAAAUGGGUUCCUCAACUGGGCUCGGGCUGGCCUAAUCCACGCCUGAUGUGCAUCAAAGGGCGGUCGCAUUUCCAGCACAUAAAGUAUAAGUGUUGGCACAAGAUCCUGACGGGCGUUGACGAGGACGAUCCGGGCGUACCGGUUCCUCAGAACCCGAAGAAGAUUUGCGACGCGUUGAGUCUGAUUCUUCGCGAGCCAGCAAUGCACUGGCCGAUGCAUAAAUUUGGCUUACUCCGAGAAGUCGCAGGUACGUUGCAGGGGGCUUCUCAAAGCCAUAUGUGCCAGUAUCUCGUCGAACUGCGCCUGCCUGUCGGCGAUUACAAGUCCCCUCCACCACGGCUGAAUCUUGCGUAUGGCGAUCUCGAUAAUUGGAUGGUACUGACAGCAGAUGUCUCGACGUUUGAGUUCGAGUUGAACUACCUUGGACAGACAUGGCAGAUAGAUUGCAGGAAGUAUGGCUCCAGGAAGUUUCUCAAUAUUCUGCAGAACAGGUUCGCUUUGCGUUAUAUCUAG